UCAGAGUUUGGGCGCCUGGAGCCCAGUCCCCAAGCCCGCCAGCACCGGCUAUAAUUAGUUGGGUGGGGCCGUUGACCCGGUUGCGGGGCAAGUUCCCUCUGCCAUACGGUCCGAAGCUAAGAAGGUUCAAGUGAGAGGCAGGAGGAACGCUGGUUUCUCGGGAGGCAAAACAGCGAAACCGACCAUGAGCGUCUCGGACUCCGCACAUCAUCCCUCCGACCCCGGGAGUGUCUCUCUUCCUGCCCAGAAGGACUUCCUCGGCCUCCCUUUACCCGACCGGAGAACCCCUUCCUGGCCUCCUUCCCCGGACGAGGAUCCCGGUUUGCCCCCCUUUCCUCUGGAAGGGACUGUCCCCAGGCCUUUGGCCCCGGGGAACCUUCCAUCUCCAGCCUUGUCCCUAGAGGAAGAAGAGGAGGAAGAGACUGAAGACGGAGACGACACGGUGGAGCCGGAGGGACUGCGCAGCGAGGAACACCCGAGUCAGUUUUUCGCGGAGGCACAGCGGCUUCGGGAGCAGAGGUUGUUGCUGGACGAAGAGGUGUCCGUUGCUGGGCGAGUAUACGGGGUGCAUCGGGUAAUCUUGGCUGCGAUUAGCAGCCUCUUCCGAGACAGGCUGCUGGGCGGCAGAGGUCCACAACCGCCCCUCAGCCUCAAUGUGACCGCCAGGGCCUGGGAGGCCGUGCUGACCUUUGCCUAUGAGGGGUUCCUGGGCCCUGCCCCGGGAGGAGAUGUGCUGGUCGUGGCGGAGGCUCUGGGAGCACCGCGGGUGAAGGUCGCAGCCCAGUGGAGAUGCGAAGGGGCUGGAAGUGCCAGGGAAGACGGAAAGCCGCCCAGCCAGGUGGAGGAGCUGAGGGAGAACCUGCGCAAUAUUGAGCUCCUAUACAAAGAGGGUGUCGGGUGUGACCUGGAGCUGGAAGCAGGCGGCUGUCGGCUGCGAGUGCACCGAGCAGCCCUGGCCUGUGGCAGUGAGUUCUUUGGCGCCAUGCUCCUGAGUGGGAUGAGGGAAUCCCAGGGCACAGAGGUGUCUCUGCAUACCAUCUCUGCCCAGGACCUGAGACUCCUCGUCUCUUUCGCCUACUCUGGUGCUGUGCGGGCAAGGUGGCCAGGACUACUGAGAGCUGCCCAAGCUGCUCUGCAGUACCAGAGCUCUUCUUGCCUUGCUCUGUGCCAGAGAGCCUUGGCCCGGGGCCUCAGCCCCGCACGCUGCCUGGCACUGUUCCCCAUAGCUGAAGCCCCUGGAUUAGAGAGGCUCUGGAGCAAAGCCCGUCACUACCUCCUCACCCACCUGCCUGCUGUGGCUUUGUGCCCCACUUUCCCUUCUUUACCAUCUGCCUGCCUGGCCGAGCUCCUGGAUAGCGAUGAACUACACGUGCAAGAGGAGUUUGAGGCCUUCAUGGCUGCGUGGCGUUGGUUAGCUGCCAACCCCGAGACCCAGGAGUCAGAGGCCAAGGCCCUCCUUCGAUGUGUUCGCUUUGGCCGCAUGUCCACCAGGGAGCUGCGGAGGGUACGGGCAGCUGGGCUGCCUCCAGCCCUGCCCCCUGACUUGCUGCAUCAGCUCCUGGUGGAGGCUGCAGUUCCGGGUCAAGUGAGGCGGAGGGAGCCUGACCAGGCCCUGGUGGUGAUUGGCGGAGAUGGGCUCCAAUCAGACAUGGCCAGAAGACAGCCAUCCCGAGGAGUGUGGUGGGCCCGGGCCUUCUGCUGCGGUACAGGAUUGGUUCGAACUGUGGAGUGGGGACGGCUCCCUGCCCUGCCUGCCCCAGGGCGUUUCCGGCACGGGGCUGCGAGCCUGGCAGGAAGUGAACUCUAUGUGUGUGGGGGGCAGGAUUUCUACAGUCAUGCCAACACCCUGGCUUCAACUCUCAGGUGGGACCCCAGUCAAGAGGACUGGGAGGCGAAGGCGCCUUUGUGCCAGGCUCGGAGCUUUUUUCCCCUGGUGGCCCUGGAUGGACUACUCUAUGCCCUGGGCGGCCGGAACGGUGAUGUUGCUCUCGACUCUGUGGAGGCAUAUAACCCCGAGCUCAAUGUCUGGAGGCCAGCUCCUGCCCUUCCAGCACCGUGCUUUGCCCACGCAGCUGCUGUUUUGGAGGGCCGACUGUAUGUGAGCGGUGGCUGCAGCAGUGCUGGCCAAUACCUGUCCUCCUUGCUGCACUAUGACCCCAAGCUGGAGAAGCCAGGGACACUUCUGAGCCCUAUGGGCAUACCUCGGGCUGGCCAUGUCAUGGCCGCUCUGGGGGGCCGGCUCUAUGUAGCAGGUGGGCUAGGCAAGACGGGGGACCUACUGAGCUUUGAGGCAUAUGAGCCAAGGACUGAUAGCUGGACUCAUCUGGCACCUUUGCCCUCCCCCCAUGUGGGGGCUGCAGGUGCAGCUCUGCAGGGGGAGCUCCUGGUGCUGGGGGGCUAUAGCCACCGUACUUAUGCCCUCUCCCACCUUAUCCAUGCUUACUGUCCUGGCCUGGGCCGCUGGCUCUGCCUGGGAACUCUGCCGAAGCCUCGGGCUGAGAUGCCGGCCUGCAUCCUGGAGCUGCCCACUGUGCAGCACAUAGCUUUGGUUCCCACGCGGCACCAAACCAAACCUGCUGGGUGAGUGGGGAGCAGCAGGGGCUGAGGGGGUGGAGGAAGGGAUCAGAAAUAUCAUGAGAGAAGGACACAGAUGAUGGGGGGAGAAGGAGAAGGCUUUAUUCACGAUAGCAUUUUAUUCUAGCACAAUGUUUCAUAACUCACAAACUGCUUUUGUAUAUAUGAUCUCUGUUGAGCAAAAGGUAGCUCCAGAACUCCUGGAAAAAGGGGGAGGCAGCUGAAUGCCUGGAUAAGGUGAGGAGGCCCAGGAGCAGCUCUACAAGGUUUAGGGACCCUGACACAAUUGUUGGUGGGGCAAGCGUAUCUAGUGGGGAAGACAGUUAAGAAGUUCCAGUAGUCAGUGUGUAGGGGCCACGAGAGGACAGUCAGCAAAAUGCUGAUUCUGACCCAUGGAUCAAAAUGAAAAAUGUGGAAAGGCCACCCCUGAAAGAGUAUGAGGAGUGUGGGGAAAAGGACUAUAAUUGUCAUGCUCUUCCCUUUUUUAGGACUUGCUCCUUUCUACUCUCCAAUCCCCGGGACACCUAAACCCUCUUGGCAAUAUUCUUUCUCAGGUAACUUGCAGGUUCAGUCCAACGUUUCCUCAGCCCACACACUUCAGGCUGCCCCUAACAGCCUCUUGGCAACCUGGUGCUGCAAAGGAGCCUGAGUUGCCCAGGAGAUGAGGCGGGAAUGCUGCGUGUGGGGAAGAAGGGGAGGCCCAGGCAAAGGAGCCAGGUGUCUAUAGUGGGAAAGGGAUGGAAUGAGGUUUGAGGGGUGGGAUGGAAAAAGCCAGAAGGCUGACUGGCUUCUUUCCUUCCUUUGAGGUGAGUUCAGGGAUCAGGAGUGACAACAGGACAGUUGUGGUAUGAGGUCCUAAGUUGUGAGAGGAGGUGGAAGAGAGGAAAAGUGAGAGACAAAGAGGACUCAGAAAAGUGGUUUUCCCCCUUUCUUUCUCUUUCCUCUUGAGUUUUUAAGAUUCAUUUCCCUUUUUUUGGCCAGGCAAAGUUAAGUCAGAUGCUUUCUUUCUCCCUUCCUCUACCGUGCUCUUUCUUCCUUUCUUUUUCCUUUCCUUUUUUCUUGUCUUUCCUUUUCUUCCUUC